CUCUGGACGGCAAGCAGUCGCUUCCUUCUCAGCGGCGUGGGCGGGAGGUCGAGCUCCGGGCAUGGCGUGGGCGGCGCUGAGGCCGGUGGUGAAGGCCUGCAUCGGCGGCUCCCUCAUCGGCAUCACCAUCUCCGACCGCUACUUCUCCUUCGCCACCGUCCACGGCGGCUCCAUGCGCCCCACCUUCGAAGGCAGCACAGACGGACGCGAGUACGCGCUGGUGAAGCGGAGCCCCCUCUACGACUACUGCCGCGGCGAGGUCGUCGUCUUCGUGUCGCCGGUGGACCACCGGAGCCCGGCGAUCAAGAGGCUCAUCGGGCUGCCCGGCGACUGGAUCAGCGUCCGGGACAAGGAGGAGAUCCGCAAGAUUCCGGAGGGCCACUGCUGGGUCGAAGGGGACAAUGGCAGCGCAAGCUGGGACUCCAGAUCCUACGGCCCCGUUCCGCUUGGUCUAGUGCAGGGGAGGGUGACGCACGUGGUGUGGCCACCCGGCAAGAUGGGCCGCGUCGACAAGAAGGUGCCGCCGGAAGGAAGGGUCAUGCCGCAGCGAAAUCUCUAGUCCAGUCCAUCUCUCUUCCUUCCUGGGUUGCUUUGUCCCGCAGUUUUGUUUGUUCUCGCUGGACAUCAUGUAACACAUCAUGCAGCAGGGAGACAUUGCGUCCCUCCGCCUUCCGAAUGUAGCACAUCAAUAGAUAGUUUCUUAUGUAACCUUGGCUGUAUAAGACUUGAUCCAUUGUAAGGGAAGCUAGGCUAGGGUAGGUGCAGGCAAAUUUUGGUUAGAUGAUGAUGUGUGAUGCAUUGUUGCGUAACUGCAAUGUUUGUUUUCUACUGAAUAAUGUAGUACCCCCACCUCUAUCUGUUUCCUCCUCAUGUAUCCCCGUCCGCUGCUGCUGCUGCUGCUGAAACAGGUGUAUUACAAUUCGAAGAUAUGCAGAGAUGCUAUAUGAAGAUUAUAUUGCUCACUUACAGUUGUAUUACAAAUGUGACUGCAUACCAUAUAUCUUCAUUGUUUUGCUUUUUAUGCCCUUUUUAGAUUGUGGACUCUGACAAGGCUUGUUUGUUAUGCCAGCCUCCCUGCACCUUCCAUUUAUAUUCCACAACGGCGGCAGAUCCAUAGCCGAAUGUGGAACAAGGAAAGGUAAAAGCAGCUCAAUUGGUGGCUUCAAGUUAUCCUAAAGAGAAGGAGCGAACUAAGAAGGAACCAGCCAGAAUAAUCAUCAACUCCGAUGAUGACUGUGAAGGCCACACAUCCCAGGCGAUUCUGAACACAAAGCCAGGUAGAGUUCAUUCCUUGGUGUGAAGGCGAGAAGAGGAGGACGAGAAAGGAGACGGUAUCCAUUUGAUGUCACUGCCUUGCUGCCUGAUGAAACCGAACAAGGCAAGAAGAGGAGGCGGGAACCUGAACCAGAAGCGCAGCAUCAGAAACGAGGUUGUCCACGCGGUUGAAGUAGCAUCAGAAACGAGGCUGUCCACACGAUUGAAGCAGCAUCAGCAAAUCGUGCUCACUGGUGCAACCCCAAGUACGACGCGGCACAGCGGAUCACCUGCUGAGGCGGCCCGAGAAAACGCGUCGGCGCCGGGCACACUGAAAGAACAAAGAUGAGGUCCACACGAAGGAACAAACUGAAGAAUUGCAAAUGAGGUAUAACCGUACAAGUACAACGUGGGCAGCAGAGGAUGUAAUCAUCAGUAGGACCUCGCCGGAGCUGCUGCAGCAGAGGAUGUACGCGGGUGGCGGUGUCCCUGAUGUUGAGCACACCGGGGUCCUCCUCCUCCUCCUCCUGCUGCUGCAGGGUGGAGAAGGGAGAUGAGUCGGCGCCGGCUCUGGUGGAGGGGGACAAUGAGGCUAGUCUGCCGCGGCGAGAAGAGACUUGUUCCUCAUCAGCCUCAUCACCAUCCGCUCCAUCUCUGCUUGGCUCUCUGUCUCUCUCUCUCUCCCCGGCAUCCAUUGUCAUUACGUUAACAUAUCAGAAUCCGUAGAGCAACAUAGUUCCAGCGGCUGUAACAAGAGUUGAGGACAACGCAAAUUCUACUCCUUGUGUCUACAAUUGUAUUUGUGUUCGAAAAUGCAGGAACGAGUCAGGUUAA